AUGCCUUUGUCCGACCACACCUCUUGGUCCGAUGUUCUACUUAGCGUUUUAAUGAUGAGUGGAAUGGACCGACUGGUCCUCCCUCCCGCUCUCGAACCUUCCUACAACUCGCCGUCCUCCAGGUCGGUCAGCCAUGAUGGUGUGGGCAAUGAAUUGUGCAAAACCAUCAAUCAAGUUCUUACGGAUCAGAACGGUCCUAUGGCACCUGAUCGGAGGCCACACGCAAUCAGAUCAGAGUACACGGCACGAGCUCAUAUGGGCAAGUGUCGUGUUCACGGCUUGCAUUUCGAGUUUCUUGGACUGUCGAACCCUGGUAUGAGCUGGGAUCUUCAAAUUGUGGAGCCCUCGAAUGAAGCUCAUGCCGCAGAUGGGUCUGGUUAUAGAUACCGAAGAUGCUGA